CAGAGUGUUUACGUGUGGACACAAGAAGCGAUACGAAAUAUAAAACGUUCAUAUAAAAUGAAACGUAAAAGUAGUAACGGUUUCCUGUGUUCAGUGAGCAGUUGUAAAGAGAAAUCGGAGACAAGUCAGCAUCUCAGUUUUUUUCGUUUUCCAUCUCAGCCAAUAAGAGCGAAAGCAUGGGCUCAAGUAUGUGGCAAGAAAAAGGAUAUGUCACCUACAAAGUUGUAUUUUACUCAUAGAGUGUGUUCCAAACAUUUUGCUCCACACAUGUUCUUAAACAAUUUAAGGAAUCGUUUACAACCACAUGCAAUUCCAGUCUUAAAUAUUGAAGAAAAUGAUACUACACCAACUAAAAUCAAUGUACAAGCUUCACCAGAUCAUUGUGGGCAAGAUACAAAACCAGACAUGAGUAACCUUGUGCCUACAUGUUCAAUAACUAAUUUGACAGGCGUUAAUGAACGCACAGAAAAUGAUAGUCAUGUAUCAAAACAUGAUAAAAGUGUUCAAGUUCAAUUAGAAAUAGCAGACUGUUGCUCGAGCAAAAUAACAGCUCUGAAGAAAAAAUGUGACGCUGCAGUAAAAAGAGCAAAGCGUGCAAAGAUAAGAAGUAAAAAGGAAAAGACUCAAAAAGACAUGACGCUUAAUGAAUUGCAUCAUCUUAUGUCUCAAUUUUAUCCCAAAACAAUGGUAGACUUUUUGAGAAACCAAGCAGCUAACCUGAAGAAAGAAGAAUGGUGAUAGAUAUACUAUAAAGAAUUUAAAAUGUUUUGUUUGACAUUAUACAUAAAAGGACCAAAAGCUUAUAGAGUAUUAUGGAAUACUUUUAUUUUGCCUUCAAAAAGAACACUGAAGAAGAUGAUUCAAAGUUUAAUUAUUUCUCCAGGUUUGAAAGACAUUGUGUUUGAAUUUUUUUAAAUAAAAACUGCAAAUUUAAAAGAUUUAAAUAGAUAUUGCUGUAUAAGUAUCGACACUGUCAUUAAAACCCAGUUUACUCACUGUUUACAAUUUACUAACGCACACAUUACAUAUCACACUUUAAAAUUUGUUAAUACAUUGUUAACUUCACGUAAGUAUAAUGCAAUUCAUUUUGUUACUUUUUAAGCAUUAAAAUGUUAUUAUAAAUCUUUUUAAUUUACAAUUCAUUAAUACAGAUACUUGUUUACAGAUGAUUGAAUUUUGUCCGGAACAUCGUAUUCAACAGAAAUGAAUUUUCCAUGUAAGACGAAUACUUUAAAUUAUAAGUCGUAAAUUUUUCCAGGAAAUGUUUGAAUUAUUAAUGAAGAAAUUACAAUGUAAUUUGACAUAUUGUACAUACUUCAAUUGUAGAUAAUCUAAGUGUAACUACGU